ACGGUUCCGUGAACAACUUAACGUCAACGAUCCGGAGCCGCUCAGCGAGACCAAGAAGUGAGUGCGAAGAAAUCAAUUGGUUUACACAAGCUCGUUAAACAGAUAUUAGAUAUUAGGAGUGGUAAAACUUGACUGUUCUAUUUACACUUUCCUAUUGCGUGACUGCCUUGUCUUUUCACUAUGAUACCAACUUUUGUUGGUAACAUUUAAUUCCUUAAAAAUUCUAUGUUCUCUCUGCUUCCUGGGUCACUGUCCUGCGUUACUUUUCUGUUUAAUAGAUUAUCAAAAAUCUCGGUCUUGGUUGUUAGCUGCAAUAACUAAGUCAGCUUUUCUGCACACUACUACAACAGCGUAUAUAAAGGCUAGGUGAAAACAUUAGCCGGUCCUUUCGAGAAUAAUUCACCGACACAUUAUACUCAAAUUUAAUGAUGGACGAAAUUCAAGCCCUCAAGGAUGUCGCCACGCGCCUUCGAAUUAACUCUGUUAAGUCUACUGAAGCUGCAGGCUCGGGACAUCCCACUUCAUGUGCAUCUCUUGCAGAAAUAAUGUCUGUACUUUUCUUAAAGGAAAUGCACUUCAAGGCAGAAUCACCUAGGAAUCCUUCAAACGAUAGAUUCGUUUUGUCGAAGGGUCAUGCAGCUCCAAUACUGUAUGCAGCAUGGGCUGAAGUUGGGCUCUUCCCUGAGUCGGAACUGCUAAAUUUGCGCAAGUUGAAUUCUGAUUUAGAAGGUCACCCCACCCCGCGUUUGCCUUUCAUCGAUGUCUCAACUGGAUCAUUGGGGCAAGGUGUCAGCAAUGCUGCAGGCAUGGCAUACGUUGGAAAAUAUAUUGACAAGGCAAGUUACCGGGUAUACUGUGUUGUUGGAGAUGGGGAAUCCGCCGAAGGCAGUGUUUGGGAGGCGCUCGCAUUUUCAUCUUACUAUCAAUUGGACAACCUUGUCAUAAUAUUUGAUGUCAAUCGCCUAGGGCAGAGUCAGCCGACACAAUUGCAACAUGACUUGGAAACCUACAAGCGGCGGACGGAAGCUUUUGGGUGUCAUUCCGUCGUCGUUGAUGGUCAUGAUAUUCAGGAGUUACUGAAAGCUUUCUCAUGUGCUCGAACUGUCAAAAAUAAGCCGACGGCCGUAAUAUGUAAAACCUACAAGGGCCAAGGGUUUCCUGGUAUCUCGGAUCAGGAAAACUGGCACGGUAAACCUCUAGGAAACAAGGCCAAAGAAGUUCUAGAACACUUAAGUGCGCAACUAAGUGUUGAUCCAACUUGCGGCUCCAAAUGUCAUCUUCUACCUUUAAAACCACUGGAUGAUUGUAGUGAAUUGAAACUUAUGGGCACUAUCAGACUUCCUGCGGCACCUCAGUACAAACUUGGAGAUAUGGUGGCCACACGCCUUGCAUAUGGAAACGCUCUCGCUCGUAUUGGACAGACCUGCGACAGAGUUAUUGCUCUUGAUGGUGAUACCAAAAAUUCAACUUUUAGCAUUAAACUCCGCGAUGUUAAACCAGAUCAGUUCAUUGAGUGCUUCAUCGCAGAGCAAAAUUUAGUUGGUGUAGCUAUUGGUUGUGCUGCACGAGGAAGAACAGUACCGUUUGUAAGUACCUUUGCAGCCUUCUUCACUCGUGCCUUUGAUCAAAUCCGUAUGGGUGCUGUUUCUCAAACCAACUGUAAUUUCGCUGGAUCACAUGUUGGAGUUAGUAUCGGGGAAGAUGGACCAAGUCAGAUGGGUCUCGAAGAUCUGGCUAUGUUCCGUUCUAUAAUUGGUUCCACUGUAUUUUAUCCAUCGGAUGCCGUGUCGACAGAGCGUGCUGUUGAGUUGGCAGCCAAUACUUUAGGAAUAUGCUAUAUACGAACUGGACGACCUAACCAACCAGUAGUUUAUCCCUCCGAAGAAUGUUUUUCUGUUGGUAAAGGAAAGGUCCUUCGUACAUCAGGAGUUAUUGGAGAUCAUUUGACUGUAGUUGGUGGUGGGAUCACAGUAACCGAAGCUUUGAAGGCAGCUGAUAUCCUUGCAGCUGAAAAUAUUCACAUUCGUGUAAUUGAUCCCUUCACUAUUAAACCAAUGGACGGUGAAUUGCUUGCAAAAGCCGUCAAAGAAACAUGCAAUAAAGUACUGACAGUGGAAGAUCAUGCUCCUGAAGGAGGUAUAGGAGAUGCAGUUAGUGCAGCUCUCUCACACCUUGGCGUAGAACAUACUGUCCAUCGAUUGGCCAUAACAGAGAUUCCACAUUCUGGGAAACCAGAAGAAUUAAUAGCCAAGUAUGGCAUCGAUGCACAGGCUAUUGUUCGUGGUGUCAAGAAAUUACUUGGUAAAUGAAGUUUUACAAAGACACUUACCAAAACAACUGUCAUCGUGAUUCCAUAGCAUGCAAACCUGUUUGAUUCAUUAGUUGUGCAUCUGCAACAUCUAUACUUUCUCUUAUUUUGGACUGUCGAAAUAGUCAUGUUUACUUUCACUUAUGAACUUUUAUACUAUAUUAUUUAGUCUUCAAGUUGGUCUUUUUCUCAUGUGGUAAUCUGUUUAUGAAUAUAAAAAGUUUAUUUUUCG